AGAAUCGUCACAAACGUCACGUAUUUGGUUUCUAAGACAAUAUAAUCGCCGGUCCAUGAUUUUGUACCGAACAAGUAAUGAAUGGUAAUCGGAUAUUUUGUAGUCUUGAAUGUUUGUGCUACGUCUCAAUUGGCACACUUUCGUACUCAUACUUUGAGUACGUAAGAGCGUACACACCCGGAUGUUGCACUUAAAGUGCACCCAAGAAAAUGGAGCAGCUGAUACAAGCCUAUGGGAUGUGUGAGGACAUGACUACACAACAAGAAUGUUUAGACACUCAAGAUCAACCAGAGAUGGAGCAGCUGUUGGAAGACAAAGUACAAAAGGUACAAUCCUACGAGAUGAGUGAGGACAUGACUACACAACAAGAAUGUUUAAACACUCAAGAUCAACCAGAGAUGGAGCAGCUGUUGGAAGACAAAGUACAAAAGGUACAAUCUUACGAGAUGAGUGAGGACAUGACUACACAACAAGAAGUUUUAAACACUCACGAUCAACCAGAGAUGGAGCAGCUGUUGGAAGACAAAGUACAAAAGGUACAAUCCUACGAGAUGAGUGAGGACAUGACUACACAACAAGAAUGUUUAAACACUCAAGAUCAACCAGAGAUGGAGCAGCUGUUGGAACACCAAGUACAAAUAGUGCAAGCCUACGAGAUGAGUGAGGACAUGACUACACAACAAAAAAGUUCAAACACUCAAGAACAACGAGAAACAAGUGAACAUGCUGAGUCAGCUGUAUCAUCCUUAGUCCAUGAAGGGACGAAUAAGGAUUUUGAUGGGGAAAUUUCUGAAGAUACAGAUAGUGACACCUCAUCCUCCUCCUCGCUUUUUUCACAUGCCACCGUGAUUGAAAAUGAUGACGAUGAGGGUUUAAACCGAACAGCUAUCUUCAAAACCAAAGAUGAACUUUUACUAGAGGAUCUUCCUGCGGUGGAGGAGCUGACUGUGUCAUUACCAGAUGCUGUUGCGCUAACACCAGUAGGAACUGUAUCCAGCAUUAUACAGAAGCUUGUAAUAAUCCAGUCUCUGAAAGACACAACCCCUUUGACCGAUGACAGCAUCAUCUUUCGAGCUGAUCGACUAGCUUUGGGCAAGGUUUUUGAAACUUUCGGUCCUGUAUCCAGUCCCCUCUAUGUUUUGCGUUUUAACUCGCCAGAGGAAUUGAGCAACAAGGGGCUGACACUUGGAUUGACCGUUUAUUGUGCACCAGAUAUGGAAGAGUACACAGGAUACAUUCUCAUUCAACAUCUUAAACUUUUAAAGGGCUCUGAUGCAUCCUGGAAAAAUGACCAAGAACCUCCAGAAGAGGCUUUGGACUACAGUGAUGACGAGAAGGAGCAGCAAGCUAAAAAAGCGAAAAACUCCAGAAAGAAGAAGAAAAACUACAAAGAAAACCAUGCUCAGGGCACUGCACACCAUGAGCAGCAUCGCCAAGGUGUCACAGGUGCAACACAAACACAUACUGGGGCUCAGUUCAGCCACCAGAACUUGAACAAUAUCCAACCAGCCUUUCCUCAUUCUCAUCCACCGCCUCAGCACACACAUUUUCCUCCUAUGUACCCCCCAUCGCCCUACCUUUACCCACCCCUUCCUCCACCUCCAAUUGCUUUUCCUCUUUACCCACCACCUCCAUCGUUUUUUACUCCAUCAUACUCCUCCGCACCCUGGCUACAUAAUGUCCCUUUCUCACAAAUUCCUCCACCUGCCCCUCCUCCUGAGUGAAACUUAGCUUACUGUUGGGAGUUUCAUAUACUCUAUAUGUAUACUGUCACCUGGAGUUAUUACAAAACCCAGUACAAAAAUGUGUAAAUUAAAAAUAUUUUCAAAAUGUACAUUUUUAGAGGAUGGACUUUUUUCUAAUACAGUGACUAUUUGUAAUAUUAAAUGUGUAGAGAUGCUGCAAGUUUAGGAAACUUUGCAAAGGUAAUUUACAAAGAGUAGAGUCAUUUUUGGAACAGGGAUGUUCCGAUCGAUCGUCCGCCAGUCAGUAUUGUAUUUAUUUUUAGUCCCCCAGCUGACAAGCGGCUAGAAGCUACUUACAGUAUGUCUCCAUAAAACUUGUGGAGCC